AUGGACAGUUUUGAACUGUGAUACAGAGAUUGAGGAAAGGAGUUGACACUGCUGUGAACUGUGAACUGCAAUGAAGAAGGAUGAACUGUGGGGGCAGUAUUGUGCCUCUGAGUGUACAGCGUGCUGCAAAUGAUUUUAGAAGAAGGAUUCAUAUUUACAGUUAUCUUUCAUGGGCAGUGAAGGCAAAAGAGGCCCCGCCCUUUGAAGGGCAAUAGGACUAGUUUAGUUAAUCUCAGGAAGGAAAUGCACAGAGACACAGGCAACACAGGGAGGAGGAGGAGGAGGCGUCAGUGAUGAGUUGUUUAUUCCUCCUGCUGACACUGUUGAUGAGGAGUGUCGCUCCAGUCACAGGUUUCAGUAAUGGGAAGGUAAGUGUUGCCUGUGGAGACAUGGUGCCUCAGCAUGGUCACCAGCCCAGACCAGACCCUCCUCCAUACAAUAUCACUGUGGACAAAUCCACAUUCAGUCCAGGAGACAACAUCACAGUGUCUUUACAAGUGGCCUCCAGUAAGCCUACAUUCUUCAAGGGCUUUCUAAUGGAAGCUCGAGAUGCUGGGACAUUAGACUCCCCAGCCGUAGGGUUCUUCAUGCUGACUGACCCUCAUGAGUCUCGGCUGCUACAGUGUGGCCACACACAGGGAUCUGGUGUGAGUCACAGGAGCAGUACAAGAAAGACUUGCAUUAAGGCGGUGUGGAAGUCACCACAGGAGCCUCCACUGAGCGUCCAAUUUCUUGCGACCGUGGUGCACGAGUAUAAGGUGUACUGGGUGAGGAUUCCAGGUCCUGUGGUGUCUCUGAGAGGAGGAGGGACUGCGGCUCCAUUCACUGACUCACCUUCUCUAACCACCAGCUCCUCUGCUCCGCCCCCACUGUUCACUUCAGUGGGGUGUGGCCACAGUAAAACCUGCCUCAGAGACCCAGUGGGCUGUCACCCAGACUCAGACCCACACUGCUUCUUCCUGUCGUUGACCACUGAUGAAGCAGGACAGAGUGUCAUGUUUGAACUCAGUGGACCCGCUGAAGGAUACGUGGCUGCGGCCUUAUCUCUGGAUAAAUGGAUGGGAAAUGAUGAUGUUUACCUUUGUGUGAAUGAUGGGGGCAGAGUUACCAUCAGUGCUGCAUACGUCUCUGGAAGAACACACCCUGAGCUGGCAACAGAGGACAAUCUGUGGGGUCAGUCCUGGAGGCUCGCUGAUGGUGUCAUCCAAUGCCGUUUCCAUAGAAACAUCAUCCUUUCUAAUAGGUUCACCUUAAACCAGAGCUACUACCUCUUUAUGGCAAACGGUAGCUCUCACCACAGUUUAAUCCACAGACACGAUUAUCAGCCUCUCAUCUCCACCAACCAGCAAUUGAUUACUGGACCUCCAGUGGAUCUUACUGGCUCUCGCUCCCCGCUGCUCAUCAAGUUUCAUGGUGUAUUAAUGCUGACUGCGUGGAUGUGGACAGUGAGCACAGCCGUCAUCAUCGCUCGUCACUACAAAUACUUUUGGCUUCACACGACACUGCUGGGGAAAAGGCCGUGGUUUCAGUUCCAUCGAACCCUGAUGGUCUUGGCUGUGGUCCUAACAAGUGUGGCCUUCAGCCUGCCUUUCAUAUACAGGAGGGGGUGGAGCAAGCGCGCAGGCUUUCACGCCUACAUCGGCUGCACUGUCAUGGCUCUGUCUGUCAUUCAGCCAAUUAUGGCAACGCUCCGACCCGUCCCAGACUCCCCCCGGAGGAUCAUCUUCAGUUGGCUGCACUUCGGAGCAGGCAGUGUGCUCCACAUACUUGCCAUGGUGUGUGUGUUCUUGGGUGUUGCUCAGCAGGCUCUGCUCUUACCCAGUCCCUGGUCUCCUGCAGUGCUGACUGGUUGGCUGCUGUGGAUCAUGCUCACAGAUCUCCUGUUACUAAUCCACACCUACACACUCAGAAACACAGGAAACGAUGACAAUGAUGACAAAGAACAUAUGUUGUGUCCUCACACUGAGACGGGGCAGCAGAGGGAGAUUCCACAACUCAAGAACGUGGUGCUUAUAGUUUUCAUCAUAGGGAACACAGGCUUCCUGUCAGCAUUUAUAAAAGCUAUUGCAAGUUUAUGA